UUUCCCAUAUAAUAUCAUACAACAAAGUUCAGACAUUAUUAUAUUCUCCUCAUCACAAUGAAUACUGAUAAAUCUAUAAAAUCUUGUACUAUAAUUGUUCUAUCUAAUUUUCUAUUGUAUUUCACUUUAUUGGUUCAAUUAUUAGCACUUAAAACAAAUUCUGAACCAAUUGGAUAUGGCUAUAUUGUUAGAUCAAAAGAUGUUGACUCAUCUGGUAGGAUAUCGACUGCUAGUCUUCAGCUCAUCAAAGGUUCUUCUGUUUAUGGACCUGAUAUUCAAAAUCUCAGCCUUACUGUUGGCUUUGAGACAAAAGAUCGUUUAAGAGUCAGAAUUACGGAUGCAGAUCAUGAAAGAUGGGAAGUUCCUCAAGAAUUUAUCCCCCGUGAAACACAUUCAUCCCCCCGAAACUCCCUCCUAGGAAAGUUCUCUUCUAACGAAGACACGCAUUACAUCCACACAAACACCAUUUCUGACCUUAGUUUCACUCUCUACAAUACCACCCCUUUUGGCUUCACUAUCACGCGUCGUUCCUCAGGAGAUGUUCUUUUCGACACCUCACCUAAAAAUGGAUCUCCGGACACAUUCCUCAUCUUCAAGGAUCAGUACCUUCAACUGUCCUCUUCAUUGCCAGCUAAUUGGUCAUCUAUCUAUGGCCUCGGGGAGCAUACCAAGAGAACAUUUAAGCUCAAGCAUAACCAGACAUUAACUCUUUGGAAUGCUGAUAUUCCUAGUCUCAAUGUUGACGUCAACUUGUAUGGUUCCCACCCUUUUUACAUGGAUGUCAGGUCUCAUCCUAGGGUGGGGACCAGUCACGGAGUCUUGCUGUUCAAUAGCAAUGGUAUGGACAUUGUAUAUACUGGUGACAGAAUUACCUACAAGGUGAUUGGAGGGGUCAUUGACUUGUACUUCUUUGCUGGUCCUGUGCCAGAGUCGGUCAUGGAGCAGUACACAGAGCUCAUUGGCCGCCCCGCGCCCAUGCCAUACUGGUCUUUUGGGUUUCAUCAAUGCCGAUAUGGUUAUAAAGAUAUUAAUGAAGUUCGGAAUGUGGUUGCUGGCUAUGCAAAAGCUCACAUCCCUCUUGAGGUCAUGUGGACAGAUAUUGAUUAUAUGGAUGGUUCUAAGGCUUUCACACUUGAUCCUAUUAACUUCCCACUUGACCAGAUGAAGAAACUUGUCGAUGCACUUCACCACAAUGGCCAGAAAUAUGUUCUCAUAUUGGAUCCUGGGAUCAGCAUAAAUAGCUCAUAUGAGACGUACAAGAGAGGGAUACAAGCGGAAAUUUUCAUCAAACGCAAUGGUGUCCCUUAUCGUGGCGAAAUUUGGCCUGGAAAAGUAUACUUUCCUGAUUUCAUAAAUCCCCGAGGCAGAGUCUUCUGGAGUAACGAAAUCAAGAUUUUCCAUGACCUUCUCCCCGUUGAUGGGCUCUGGCUUGACAUGAACGAGGUAUCUAACUUCAUCUCUUCUCCUCCAACCCCAUUUUCUACCCUUGGCAACCCUCCUUAUAAGAUCAAUAACAAUGGAAGCUUACGUCCAAUUAACGAGAAGACUAUCCCAGCAACAUCAGUACAUUUCUGGAACGCCAUAGAGUACAAUGUUCAUAACCUCUACGGAUUCCUGGAAGCUAAAACGACCAAUGCUGCUUUAAUCGAAAUUACUGGUAAAAGGCCAUUUAUACUUGGCAGAUCUACCUUUGUGGGUUCUGGCAAGUACACAGCACAUUGGACGGGAGAUAAUGCAGCCACUUGGGAUGACUUGGCUUAUAGUAUUCCCAGCAUUUUGAGUUCUGGAUUGUUUGGGAUUCCCAUGGUUGGAGUUGAUAUAUGUGGCUUUGCUGAAAAUACUACUGAAGAAUUAUGUCGCCGUUGGAUUCAGGUACAAGUUCUUUCAUCUUUAAAGAAAUACUUUGCUGCAUAUAUUGUAAGUUUAUAAUCUCAGUCCAGAAGUUCAAAAUGGCAUAUAUGACCAUUCUUCUUUUUCUUAUUUAAAUGUGAAACUUCUAGGAAAAAACUUCAAAUUACGACGGCGAUCCUCAUCUAAAUUAUGUAGUAUUAGAUAUACUAAUGUCCUAUCCCGUAAAUCUUAGCUAUGCCUUGGAUCAAAUUGAAUCAGAGAAGGCACAACUAGUUAUAAAUACCGUCCUAUUAUAUGUCUAUGCUAAACUUGUCGAUAUAUUGAAUAUUGAUACUCAUUAGAAUUUAAGUUUUGUGCAUUGACCAGUAAACUUGAUCUGCUAUUGCAGGUUAUCCAAUUAUAUACACAAAAUUUAAAAAAGAAAAAAAUAGUUAACCUACAAUAUAUCAAUUUUCUGCUGAAUGCCUCUCAAUAUUGAGAGUCUUGUCAUUAAAUAGAAAAUAUUCAAUGAUUACAUCCCUAAAGAUCCGUCUUCC